AUGGUCCGAGGAGUGCCAGAAGGCGUUCGAGGACCUCAAAACAUACCUGAUGUCGCUCCCCCCCUGGCCAAACCCGUUAAGGGGGAGGUCCAAUAUCUGUACUUGGGCAUCUCGCAGGCCGCGGUCAGCUCCGUGCUGGUCCGAGACGACGAGGGGGUCCAACGGCCCGUAUACUACACGAGCCGAGCUCUACGGGGAGCAGAGAUCAGGUACACACCCGUGGAAAAGGCCGUUUUUGCAGUAGAUGCGACGACAAAAAAGCUGAACCACUACUUCCAGGCCCACCCCGUGCAGGUCCUCACCAACCAGCCACUAGACGCAGUACUGAGGGCCUCGGGGUCGGCAAGCAGGCUGGUCAGGUGGGCCAUGCUGCUGAGCCAGUUCGACAUCCAGUUCAAGCCCCGACCCGCCAUCAAGGGGCAGGCGCUGGUUGACUUUAUAGUCGAGUGCACUGCCCUGGAGGGAACGGAGCGGGUCAGGGACGAAGACGAGGAGUGGUGGACCCUCUCAACGGACGGGUCCUCCAGCACCAAAAGCUACGGGGGUGGAGUCAUCCUCAUAACACCGGACGGGUUUCGGGCCUACUACGCCCUCCGCUUCGCGUUCAAAUUAUCCAACAACGAGGCCGAGUAUGAAGCACUCCUGGGAGGGCUCCGCCUCGCACUAAAUAUGAGGGUGGAGAAGCUCAAAAUCCGAUGUGACUCUAGACUCGUGGUGGGACAAGUCACAGGUGAAUUUGAAGCAAGUGAUGAAAGAAUGAGGAGGUACCGGGACAUGGUGCUCCAGCUACUGGGGCAGCUGAUCAAUUAUGAGGUCCUACAGGUACCCCGAGACCAGAACACAGAUGCUGACAUGUUAUCCAAGCUCGCCCAAGGGGCCCCGGAACAUAUCUCAAAAAUAGCCCGAAUUGAAGAUUUCAAGAGGUCGAGCGUGGACGCCUACCCGGUCCUACCCGUGCAAAUCCGACCUCCCUGCUGGUUGGACCACCUCAAGGAGUACAAGAAGACAGGCACGCUACCUCCCGACGAGGUUGACGCCAAGCUGGUGAAACGGCGAGCCCCCACGUACGUGGUCAUGGGGGACACACUCUACAAGAGGUCCUAUAACGGCGCCUUGCUGCACUGCUUGUACCCAGACGAAGCCAGGUCAGUCAUGGAAGAAAUCCACGAAGGGACCAGUUCAGCCCACCAGGGGGCCUUCGCCAUGUCCCGGAGGGCCAUCUUACAAGGGUACUUUUGGCCCAAAAUGGCCAAGGAGUGCGCCGACUAUGCCCGGGGUUGCGAGACCUGCUAA